UCGGUGUAGCUGACACACUCAUCCCGGGCCCGAGGAGAGCGGCAGCAACGACCCCUGGCUGGCUGUCUGACUGCAGGUAGCGCUUGCAUUACACUCCGUACAACAACAUCCUCGGCAAGGUGUCUGAUGCUGAGCUCUGCGCCCUUCAGCCUCUCUCUUCAGUCGUAAGCCUGAAGAGAGGCUUCCCUGACUGCAGCCGCUGGUCCUCACUGCAGAAGCCAAUGGAUCAUGGUCUGUUUGAGAUGGAGGGCAACUCAAUGUCACAAGUUCACGUUGACGGCUUUGAUCUCUGUGACAACUUGUCAAACUCUGAGGCCAUCACCGCCCAAACGCAAAACCUCAAUGAGACGCUCGCUCUCCCUCUUCCCCAAAACGAUGAGGGAGGAACGCGCAGCCCCGGCCAGAAACCCUCUCUGGACAACAAUGAGAAGGAGGAGGAAACGGGGAUAGAGGGAUACUCAAUAGGAAGCAGAGAUGUGGAUGAGGAGGAAGAUGUGGAUGAAGUGAUGAAGGAGGAAGAAGAGGAGGAGGAAUCUGAGGCGUCGAGUUCUUUGAUAUGCUGCCAAUCACCAGACAAUCUGAUGACUGAUUCCUCUUAUUCGGAGACAGGCAGUUUGUUGGAAACUCCAUUUCCCUUCAGCCCCGGGACCAGUCCAGUACCUGCAUCCCCUGUCAUCCCAGUCAUCAGUCCGGAAACUUUUCAUCCCAUUAAUUCAGAGGAACUGAGUCACAGUGGAGAGGAAGUAAUUUCCAGUUCCACCAGCUCUGGGUUUUCCAUCUGCAGUCAAGCGGCUACAUUUAACACGGAGUCCGUGGGUUUAACCUCAGACACUCAACUUCACGGAUCUUCUGGGACCAGAUGUAACACACUCGCCUCUGAUGCAACAUUAAAAGACUCCUGUCCAGAACAGCUUACCUCUACCAAGGAUCCCGUCUCCAACUGUGGGACUGCUUUGACUGGAGUGACCAGCAGCUUAAGUACUGGACCGGUCACCAACAGAGAACCCUCUGCCUUCGCUACAGGGAGUCAGACCACAGCCACAUCCUCAAAUCAGGAACAGUUUACCUCCAGUCCAGUCGCUGAAUAUUUUUCAGUCUCGGCCUCGUCAACAKGGUCUGCGUUAAGCCCAACUCUCCUGGCGUCUCUGGAGCAGAUGGCAGAAAGAGAUGAUGAUGCCCACCUUCCUCAGUACCUUCACCAGAUCGCCGAGACUUUCGUCCUUCAGAAAGACUACCAGCGAGCGUUGUUGUUUAUCCAGCUAGAGCAACUUUACCACCAGAGAGUGUUGGAAAACCUGAAUGCACUUCAACAGCAGUGGGUGAGUCACUGUGGAGGAGCUUCUCCUGAGCUGGCAGCCACACACCUGGACUCUCUCAAACACAUCUGCCAGACACACUCCAGACCGACGACACGAGAUGCUGAGGUUGCUCUUUUGGACAAUUUGAGCCUUCAGUUUGGCGGAGGGGUUUCCYGCCCUUCAUGCAUCUCAACCCAUCUGGUUAAAGGAGGGAUGGAGCGGAGAGACGASGAUUCAUCCUGUCCUCCUGCGCUUUCCGACAAUUCGAUUAAAAGGCUCAGUUCACCUGAAACGGACCGGAAACCCCCGAAUGGAAGCUCACAGAGGACGUCUUAUGGUUCCGAUCAGACUCGAAGGCAAGCUGGCGGMAGAGAGGCGGAGGGAGGGGGAGAGCGUGCCGCUUCAGCUCGGGGAAACGGGCUGCACCCCUCUGCAGCUGGGGGAAUGGAUCGCUCCAGCCCCGCAGAGCAGCAGGAGGAGGAUUUAGGUCCGGCUCGGGAAGCACAGGGGAAGGAGGAGGAGGAGGAAGAGGAGGAGGAGAGUGAGGUGGAGGAGGCAGCCGAGGCUCUGGAGAUGGAAGACGAGGAAACGGAGGACGACGACGAGGAGAAGCGGAGCGAGCCAAACGCUCAUCUGAGUCAGGAAGUUCCCGCAGUGGAGACUCUGGUCAGUGGGGCAGAGCUGCAGCUGCACAGCGAGAAGCUGCACCUUUACCAGGACACUCAGGAGGACUCUGAGAGCUGCCUGAGCGAGGAGGCGCUGCCUUCCCAGGAGGCCGAUUUGGAGCAGCAAGAACAAUAUCCAGAGGAGAGGGAGGAAGAGGAGGACUACGACUUCAUCAGGAGAGCUCCUUCCCUGGACGAAAUGGCAAAGCUCAUCACGGUGGAGGAGAUGUCCCCCGCCUCUGGACUUGUCUCCAUCUUGAAGAAGCAAAGUGUGUAUGUGGACAGCCUGAGUACGUCUGCUGACCCAGAACCCACACCGGAGAAACCCACCGCCAAGAGACGUGUCCGCUUCAAAGUUCCCGAUGAUACCUAUGACCAUGAUGUUGGCGGUGGAGACUCCUGCCUGCUGCUCUUCCUCCUYUGUCUGGUUACCGUCGUCAUCAGUGUCGGCGGCACCGCCCUCUACUGCGCUCUGGGGGACGCCCAGUCCUCCGUCUGCCAGGACUUCUCCAGAAACGCAGACUUUUACUUCGGUCAGAUCCGUCGGGGGAUAACCCGGCUGCAGCACUGGUAUUCCUCCGGGUUGUAGCAGAAAUCCUGUGACRGGUGUUGAGGUAACGUUCCUCGUGAAGAGCUUACUGCCAUUUAUCCAGUGGCUAGUCGGCUCCUUUGGAUGCAUUUGCUGUUUUCAAACCUGCAAUGUCGACGCUCUGCAAAUACAGUUCCAGUGCACUUUUAAAAAACAUGUUUCAGAUGCCUGUUCACGGAGAAAUCUGAAGUAAAACUAAGAUACUUAACUUGUGAUGUCUUAAUUUUUGUACGACAGAAAAUCUGUCAGCUUUCUUACUUURUCAGUCAAAAUUAAAGAAAGUCUUAUGURCACAAAUGUUGCAGAGAAGUUUAAUACUUCAGCUUCAAACAAAUUUAUUAACUGAUGCGUAAAAUAAUGUCUGAUUUAAUCUCAUUAAGUGUUUUGUAAUUGGUGCAACCAAAGGUGUUGCUUUUACUUGUAGAUUUUUUUUUAAAGACAGAAAAUGUAACUUGAGAGAUAAAACUUUGCAUCUGUCUGCUACUUUGAAUGAAAUCACUUUGUCCUAAGUGUAUCUUAAAAAUAUAAACAAAUGUUUGGAGCUUAAUUAUGAACUUUGCUUUGAGGCAUCUUUACAAAUCAUUGUGAAAUUUUAUUAUUUACCAUCCGUGAAUUGCUAAUGGUGUACAAUCAUGUUCUUUGUUCUACGUUGGUGAAAAGAAGAAUAACAGACGUUGUGAAAUAACUUAUUUUAACCUUUUCGUUGCGUUUGCAAUGAGCAGCUCCCUGUUGUCUGAUCCGACUCGGCGCCAUGUUUUAACUCUCUCUGGGUUUCACUGAGCAGGAUCUGGUUUUGUGUAGCAUAUUCAAAACGCAGAGAAAACAGUGCACAUCUGCACAUGCUGUCAAAUGAUUGUUUAUCAUGUUGCACAUGAGACCGGUACUUUUUAAGAAAAUAUUUUUGGAGAUUUUGCAAUAUUUCUACAGGCAUUUUUUUCUGUUAGGAGUUGACAUCGUCAGAUAGCCGUUCGUUUGCACAGACCACUUCAGCAGAAAACUCAUUAACUACUUAAGUGUUUGUGUCAAAAUAUGAAAUGUUUUAUUGAUGAGAAACAAAAAAAUAUAUUGUUAACGUUAUUUACUUGGUGUAGAUAAUGGAUGCAGGACCACAUGAAGCUCAAUCUGCCUGUGUGUUUGUUCUUUCAGGGAAUUCUGGGAAUUAAUCCGCUAAAACAUCCAGUUUGUUCUGGUAGAUUUUCCCAAAAAUAAUUUUAGGAAAUCAGAAUGACUUUCCACCACUUGGUCUUCCAUAUAUAACACAGAGUUUGUUCUUUAUUUAUUGUCUUUGUAAACCUUAGUUUUGUCUCAUUGAGGUGAUUAUGUAGCCCCAUAACCUCUUUUGAUUCGAUUCUAAGGCGUCAAUUUGUUUUUGCAAUGAAUUUCAUUGCUUUCUUUGGUUUUGUGGAGGAUAAAUUAAUAAAUACCCRUGAAAAUCCUCACAUCUCACAGAAAAGUGGACAAACGUCUGUAAAAGAGGGACUAUGAAUGUUUCUCUAAUCUUUACUUAAAGGGCUCAUAUCGGCUAUUAUUUAACUUUUGUUUUCAGGGUCAUUUUCCAUGAUUGAAAUUUCCAAAAUAUGAAAGAGAAAAAGCAAAAGCUGCACAUAAAUUGGACAUAAACCUUGUUAAAGUUUGCUUUAAUGGGCAGAGUACCAAAUAUUUUACUCAAAGUUUGUUUAUAUUAUCAUUUACAGCGACCUCAGCUGAGCAAAUGCUUCACAACAAACACAACAUCACAAGUAUCUAAAUGAUGAUGUAGAAAAUAACGUUUCAGUUUAGUAAAAAUAAUAAAGCAAUUAUAAAAUUGGAAAAAAUACCAAAAGCCAAGACAAUACUUACUUAGCUUUAGCACCAGUGAUUUUCUUUAACUUUUCUCUUCAAUUGCACGAUUUCAGCAUGUUUCUAACCUGGCAAAAACAGAGUCUGGUUAAAAAUAUCCCAAGGAAAAAACAAUUGUAGCAAAAUCUAGACUUAUUUCAUGUGACUGAGGUCAAACUGUUGUGUUCACAGCCAAACAGACUUUAAAAUAAACUGGAAGAAGCGCUAAAAGGAAAUUAACAAUAUAUCAAAAAAAUCUAAAAAAGAAGUGGCAACAAUUUAUCCAGAAGUUAUUAUAAACAAAACCAUUAAGUAAUUAUUAUUCUUUUAAAAAAACAAAGAUAAUGCCACAUCCAAAAAUCUGAAUAACAAGAAAAACUAAAAAUAAGUCUAAUUUAUGUUCAGGAGUCCAAAUAAAUGUCUUUUUUUUCUGUCCAUUCAACAGMAAAGCAGCGGAAAUUUAAAGAUGCAAUUCUUUGAAGGGUGGCGCUGUUCGUUUAAAGGAUGUAUUAAAAUAGUGGCGCGACUUCAGCAUAUUUUUAACCAUGCACAAGUAAAUGUAGACAUUCAAGAGUAAAAAAGUAUUUGGUUAAAAAGUCUACUGAGUACUGAGAAACGSAUCAAAGCAUCAAUAAUAUAAUAUUUAAAAUKUACGUCAUUAGAUGCAUCAAAAUAUAARUKUAUAUAUUAUAAAGUGAAAACUUUGGCCAAAGUUAUGGGCCAAUGUGAAAUUAAUUCAUAUAAAUAACUUAGCUACAAAAUGAGAAAAAAUAAAAAUGUUUUCCAAAUUAAUUUCUUUCGUUAUAAAACAGAUUAAACUUCAAUAAAAACUACAGRUCUGUCUCUGGUUUGGUUACAACAAACUUGGUCUUUAUUCAGUGAAGUUUAUUCAGAAAUUUUACUCAAGUAAGAGUAGAAAUACUUCAUACUGAAAUUACUCAARUAAAAGUAAAAAGUACAGCAGAGUAAAACUACUCUUAAAAGUAUUUUUUCCUAAAGUUUCUACCAAACUAUUUGUUAGUGACGUUACGUCAUUUCUUCCUGUUUUAGGUUCUUUCAKAAAAACGGUUUUAAAUUUAUUUACCCUCUUUGAAAARCCGUGGAAAGGCCAAAUUGAAUUUAUAUUUUUAAAAUAUAUUUUCAGUCUCUAAACUCUGACGAUAUUUUCCCUUUAAGGAUAAAACAGUAUUAUGUUUGUCYCCGUAAAGCCUGACCAUUUGUUGGAGGACUUUCCUGGAUUUAACGAGUUGUUGAUGCAUUGAUGUUUUCAUUUGCACAUGUCAGCUGCUGGUUCAGGUGACAAUCACAAAAACACAACUUUUAUUUAACCUUUCAGAUGAUUUGUAAUUAUUUAUGAUACAAGGGAAAUAGUUUUAAAUGGUUUUAAAAAGGCAGAUCCAUCCUGUGGUUUUGGUUUGUUCUCUUCAGACGUCUGGUGUAGUUUGUUUUAUAUUUUUGUUGUUUUUGGCUGAUUUGUUUCUUCUGUCCUGUUUUUCCUUGCAUACAUAUGAUUUAAACCCUGCGAGUUUCUGCCAAUGCUGUCUUUAUCAUCUUCUGCAUGGAAAUUGUUAAAUUAUUCAAGUGUUUUUGCUUCAUCUGAAAGUAUUGUACCUGUUYUUAUUUCUUUUUUUUUAAGUGUAUCACUGCUCUGACAAACAAUUUUCUUGCAUAAUUUUAUGAACUCUGACUUUUUUUCUGAGUURUAAAUUUGGUUUUAUAAAACAAGUUUUCUUUA